AUGAUUACAAGAAGUUUAAAAUAAUUUAAUAAAUCAAUGCUGCUAAGUUUUAGACCUAUUUAUUCUAUGCGUUCUUAUAAUUAAACUAUAGUAGAAAAUUAAAAGGUCUUCAAAAACACUGUAAAUGACAGAGAAUACUAUGAAUUAAAGAACACAUAUGGAGACUACGAAGAAGCCAAAAAAGCUAAGGAAUUAGAAAGAAAGAAAAACAUCUCUUAACUCUAAAUAAACAAUCUUUCAUAAAAUGAUAAGAAUCCUGCCAAUUUCUUAAAAGUUAAAAUUAACUCUAAUGUUUAUACUAACGAAGAAAAGAAUCAGCAAGUUAUUUCUCAAUAUACAUUUAAAAACCCAUAGGAGUAUACUGAUCCAGUUGUUUUGAAAGUUCUUCCUCGUGAACCUCUUGUUACUGUCGAAUCAUAUACAAAAAGUGUUGAAAACUCAAUUAAGAGAUUAUUCUUACCUGCUCGUGCCAUUCGUAAAUAGCAUGCUUACGAUGCUCUUUCAAUCCUUUCUAAUAUCCAUUCAAAAGCUUCAGAAUAGAUUGCUUAAGCUAUUGCUAAAACUAUUUCUGUUGCCAAACUCAAAGAAAUGGAUCUCAAUCGUCUUUUUAUCCAUGGUGUUAUUAUUGGUAGAAAGAAAAAAAGAAUGGGUUUACGUUAUCAUGCUAGAGGUAGAUUUGGUAUCAAGCAUAGAUAAACUUCAACAAUUAAAGUUAUCCUUUAUGAGAAGCCAGUUAAAUAAUUAUACAGAGAAAUGCUUGAAGGUAAGACUGCACCCGUUCUUGCUUAUGCCAUGCGUUAAAGAAUGGUAAGCGAAAAUGCUGACUAUGACGAAAUUAGAGAAAAUCAAUGGGUUUUAACAUCCAAGGGUCGUCAACAAAGAAAGCUUAUGUUGAAGAGAAAAGUUUUAAUUUAAUACUUAUAAUUCAAGGCUAAGGGCUUUAUAGUUGAUAAAAAUCUUAUUAAACAAAGAAUUUUAGAAAAAGAAGCUACUGCUUGGGCUUAAAAGUACGAAGACAAGAAAGCUUCUCAAGUCGAUUCUUCCUUAGAAAAGAGAAUGGCUAUUUUCAAGAAAAACUAAGAAAUAACUGGUUGA